GAAAUCAUCACGCUUUGGGAUCUUCAAUACAAGAAUAAGAAAAAUGACGAAGGUGAAGAGUUCACGCUUGAAUUAGUCGGGGAAUUGUUAGACAAGUGGGGUCCAAUACCCCGGUCAGUUCUUUUAAAAUGGGAUGAUAAGACAUAUCAAAAGAAAUACGAUAAUCUGAUUUCUAAAUCCGACUUAGAAAAAUGUGUGAACUCUAUUGAUAAGUCAGGCAUGCCUACAGAUACAAUUAGUGGUAGACUCGUACAUCUUGAUGUAAAAUCAAACUUUACGGAAUUUGUGUACCGUUUUACUUCUUCGAGGGUAUCUGACUUAAUGAUCCAGGCAUAUGAGACUAAAACAAAGAUUGAUGUUCGCAAUUUCGUCGCAAGCAGUCAUGAGCAUCCAAUGAUCGCUGGAUUUCGUGGCAAUCUGUUCGAAGACUAUGCUCAUCUGGAAUUGCAAAGAGGUG